AUGGCAAACACUUUCUCGCUCGAGGGCAGAGCCCUGAAACUCGACUCGGCCGCCGACAUGGACAAACACAUUGCCGAUCUCAAGUCCAACAACGACGUCGAGGAGGUCAUUUUCGUGGGAAAUACCCUGGGUGUCGAGGCUUGUCAAGCCCUGGCGAAAGUGCUCGAGACCAAGAAGAAGCUCAGGAUCCCUGAUGCUCUGACCCACCUGCUCACCUCCCUGCUCGCCCUCCCCGAACUCCACACUGUCAAUCUCUCCGACAAUGCCUUCGGCCUCAACACCGUCGCUCCCUUGCAGCCUUUCCUCUCGCAGCACGUGCCUCUGCAGCACCUGAUUUUGAACAAUAAUGGCCUCGGUCCUUCUGCCGGAACCCUUGUCGCAGAAGCUCUUACCACCCUCGCCCAAAAGAAAGACCAAGCUCGCAAGGAUGGCAAGACAGUGCCUGAUCUUGAGACCGUCAUCUGCGGUCGCAACAGACUGGAGAAUGGCUCCAUGAACGCUUGGGUCCAAGCAUACUCGGCCAACAGCAAGAUCAAGACUAUCCGCAUGGUUCAGAACGGUAUCCGUCAAGAAGGCAUUUCGGCCCUGUUGCAGAACGGUCUGAGCAAGUGCAGUGCUCUCGAGGUCCUGGAUCUGCAAGACAACACCUUCACCGCCAUGGGUGGUCGUGCCCUCGCCGAUGUCAUUGCAAACUGGUCCGUUAUCAAGGAGCUCGGUGUCGGGGACUGCCUGCUCAGCGCUCGUGGUGCAGUCAUGCUCGCAGAAGCCCUCAAGCCUGGCAAGAACAAGACUCUUCACACACUUCGCCUGCAGUACAACGAGAUUGACGCAAAGGGCGUGGAAGCUCUUUGCAAGGUUGCACAGACUGACGCUCUUCCUGCUUUGCAGCGUGUUGAGCUGAAUGGCAACAAGUUCUCUGAGGAAGACUCCAACGUUGAGGCUGUGAAGACUAUGCUCGAUGAGCGUAGAGAAGAGAACGCCCCAGAUGCUGACGAGGACGACGAAACCUGGGGUAUCGACGAGCUCGACGACCUGGAAGAGGAUAGUGAUGACGAAGAUGAGGAUCAAGACGACGAUGAAGACGCCGAGGAAGAGCGCGUGAUUAAGCAGGCCGACCAAGCCGAGUCAGAAAACGUCGCUCAAGAGAAGGACAACUCAGUUGACGAGCUCGCGGAUCUUAUGGGUAAGACGGAGCUCAAGUAG